CCAGAUCGCGGAACCCGGCAAAGCUUAGUGCUUGAGUAAGGAUGAGAGCGUUGUGUUCGGAUUUUAUGCUCAUUGAUCUCAAGACCUCGUGGAACUCGGCUAACCAGAUCCCCACCUCCACCCUCACGUACCUCCGGGGCUCGAGUUUGAUAUCCGCUGUCUCUUCGUCAUUCCGUCGUGCAGGUCGUGGACGGAGAGGGCUCGCAUCGUCGAAACCACAGGCCCCGUCGGUUCGGUCCCCGGAAAUCCGGCGGCCGUCGGACCGGCUCUUCGGAGGAAAUGGGUCGGCGUCGAAUCCGUCGUCCAGCGCGGCUUCGACGUCGCAGUCCGUGGCGGACUCGGAGAUGGAGAUGUUUCUUGAGUUAGUGCCAUUCAGGAUGAGAAGGGAGCUGGACAAGCAUGAGGAGAUCGGGGCGCUGAUUGAGGUCGUGAUGGACUUGGGUAGAAAGCCGCUCGCCAGGUUCCCAUCGGGUGAUUGGGUCAUAUCAGACCAGCCGAUUAAGUGGGAUGAUUUGAGCCAUGCUAUAUCUAAGGUUGGAGAGUUUUCAGAUGACAACAGAUCGGGCAUUGAUAGUUCAUUGCAUCGUAUAAGUGCCAUCCGUAACCGUAAGAUGCAAGUUAUUGGCCUAACUUGCCGAGUUGGGAGAGCUCUGUCUGGAAGUGCUGAGACAAUUCGUGACUUGAUUGAGGGAGGUGGCUCAAUCUUGGUCAUUGGUCCACCCGGAGUUGGAAAAACUACCUUAAUUAGAGAAAUUGCGAGAAUGUUGGCAGAUGAGCACAUGAAGCGCGUCAUCAUAGUAGACACAUCUAAUGAGAUCGGAGGUGAUGGAGAUGUCCCUCAUUCAGGAAUAGGCCGGGCAAGGAGAAUGCAAGUGCCCAAUGUGCAUCUGCAACAUAAUGUUAUGAUAGAAGCUGUUGAAAAUCACAUGCCUGAGACAAUCAUAAUUGACGAAAUUGGAACUGAACUUGAGGCACUAGCUGCCAGUACUAUUGCUCAAAGAGGAGUUCAACUUGUCGGCACAGCACAUGGAAUGACAAUAGAUAACAUAAUAAAAAACCCUUCUUUGCAGAUCCUUGUCGGCGGUGUAGAGAGUGUGACACUUGGCGACGAGGAAGCAAGGAAGAGGAAAGUGCAGAAGACGAUUCUUGAGAGAAAAGGCCCCCCUACAUUUACUUGUGCUAUUGAGAUGAUAUCUAAAACAGAAUGUCGCGUUCAUCACCGACUGGAUGCUAGUGUUGAUGCUAUACUGGCAGGAAAAUCUCCCCUGUUUGAAAUUCGUCGUAUGCAAUUUGAGGCCAAUGAUUCUCUGAAAUCUACUCCACCAUUUGAUGAGGAAAGCAGAGAAAAUCACAGUACGGCUGAUAAUAUAGGCUUAAGUGAUGAUAUAGAGUCUGAUGAGGAAGAUAUAGAUCAUCAUUCCAGUAAGGCCCAAACUCGUGGCACUAAUCUGUCUGCAAGAAAGAGAAGCUCACCAGUCUCUGUUUACACCUACAAGAUUCUUGAAGCUGAUCUACUACAAGUGGCUAUGGUAAUGGGGCUUGAAGAUGAGAUUGAUUUAACUGAUGACAUUGGAACGGCAGAUGCAAUUCUUGCCUGCAGUGCUGAAAUGAAGGAGAACCCUUGGAUCCGUAGUGUAGCGAAAUUUCACCAGUUGCCGGUUUUUGUAAUAAAGUCAAAUACUAUGGCCCAGAUGGUCAAGGCAGUCCGUAUGAUCCUCAGAAUGGAGUCAUAUAGCUCUUCAUGGAAGCAGCGUGUCAAAAACUAUGUGGACGUUGAAAUUGAAGAUGAUGCGCCAACAAGAAAACCGACCCUUGAGGAGAUCGAUGCCCUGGAGGAGGUCCGUCUUGCAAUUGAGUACAUCGUCAUUCCCGGUGGAGAGCCAGUAGAACUUCUCCCUAGGCGCUCCGAGAUAGUCGCUCGACAACUCGAGCUAGUGGAAAGCUAUCAGCUAGCUGCAGAAAAUUCUGGCACCGAGCUGAACCCCCGAUUGCAGAUUCUUCCGCUCAAGAUAAACAAGAAAACUUCUAAGCUCUCGAAGUCCGGUUCAAGCGGCCGAAAGGAAACGAGCUCUAAAUCACUGACUAAUGGCGGUGGCGGAGGCACAAGUGUAAACAAGCUGCCUCUUUUACCCGAGUAACCCGACCAUCAUCUCUGACCAUAAAUAUGGCAGCAGUUAUAUGGGCAUGUGCCAUGUCUUGCACAGUAAUGUAUAUUAUUGUAUCCUAGUUGGUCUGAUUGUUUGGCUACAAGGGAAGGCUAAAACGUUAAUAACCAUUAAUUCUUUUCGAAUGAUGAGUCUCAGCUCAAGAGACUCAGCUGGGAAUAAAGAGCCUCUAAAUGAAGGUGACCUUCCUUA